AUGGCCGAGAAGAUACGACAUCAGAUGGCGCUUUUUAUCAACUUCCUGGAAAAUGUCAACAAGGUGGGGUCAGGAGGACAAUAGAAAUGAAUGAAGAACCAAGGGUAAAAUGGACAUAAAAAGGCUUAUAAGAACAUCAUGAGCAGAAUAAUCUUAUCAAUUAACUCAUCUGAGCCUGUUUGAAAGGUGUUUAUAAAUUUUGUAGUACUGUUAGACUAAGAAGAGAGAAAAAUACAAAAUGUCGGCAAUGUUUCGCAUGUACGAUCAAUACAGUAGUGAGAUCCAGUUUUCGGAACUGAAGAACCCAGAGGAAUCAUGGGAACUUUUGGAUCUCAUUGGCGAAGGAACAUAUGGAGAGGUUUACUCAGCAAAAAACAAACAGACUGGCGAGAUAGCAGCUGUGAAGAUUUUAGAGUCUAUCCAUGAAAUAAUUGAAGAAAUAGAAGAGGAAUACAAAAUUCUUAGAGAUUUUAACGAUCAUCCAAAUAUGCCAAAGUUUUACGGGUUAUAUUUAAAAGUGGGAGAUACUGGGACCGAUGAUCAGCUGUGGAUGGUGAUGGAGCACUGUGGACGGGGAUCCGUGACAGACUUGGCCAAGUAUAUAAUUGACACAGGGAAGAAGAUGGAUGAAACCAUGCUAGCCUAUAUACUGAGGGAAACAUUACUUGUGCUGAUGUUUUUCCACAAGAAUCACAUCAUUCACAGAGAUGUCAAAGGUCACAACAUUCUGAUGACAGAUCAAGGCAACAUUAAAUUGAUAGACUUUGGCGUGUCUGGACAUUUAAAGUCUACAUUAGACAAAAAGAAAACUUCUGUUGGAACACCAUAUUGGAUGGCUCCAGAGGUGAUAGCAUGUGAACGACAACUUGAGUACAACUAUGACAUCAGAUGUGAUAUUUGGUCACUAGGUAUCACAGCCAUAGAGCUGAUGGAUGGAGCUCCCCCAUUGGCUGACAAACAUCCAAUGAGAGCACUGUUUAGAAUUCCAAGAAACCCACCACCAAAGAUGAAGAAUCCUGAAGACUGGUCAGAAAAUUGCAGGGACUUUAUUUCAAGAUGCCUAAACAAAGACUAUGAACAGAGACCUUUUACCUGGGACCUUCUGGAGCAUCCAUUCAUAAAACAAGUUCCUGAGGAUGGUACUAAGCUUAAAGAACAGUUGGUUUACCUAACAUCGCAAGUAGAACGUAUAAUACACGAGCCUGACGUAACUACCAAACAGGGAAGACUGAAGUCCCGGAAGAGUAGACCGGGUCCACCAAACACAACAAAUGAUCUCACACAACUGGAGGUCCUUGAUGAGGAAUCGAUAGUGGCGCAGCUGUUCACACGUUAUACUCAAGCAAUCAUUUACACCUAUAUUGGAGACAUCUUAUUGGCGGUGAAUCCAUUCUCCUCCCUUACCAUUUAUAAUGAAGAGCAUUCCAGGAUGUACAUGAACGCUGCCAAGGGAGAUCACCCUCCACAUAUAUUUGCUAUAGCUGAUCAGGCCUACCAGAUGAUGGUUCAUCAGAAAAAACAUCAGUGUAUUGUUAUCAGUGGUGAGUCGGGAGCUGGGAAGACCAUGAGUGCAAACUUCCUUGUACAACAACUUACACAGCUUGGCAAGGCUCCUAAUCGUGAUUUGGAAGAGAGGAUCUUACAGGUUAACCCAUUAAUGGAAGCAUUUGGUAAUGCAAAAACUGUGAUCAAUGAUAACUCUAGUAGGUUUGGAAAAUAUCUGGAAAUGUUCUUCACUGAGAAUGGUACAGUAACUGGAGCUAAAAUCACAGAAUACCUUCUAGAGAAGUCAAGAGUUAUCUUUCAAGCGCAGGGUGAACAGAAUUUUCACAUAUUUUACUACGUACAUGAUGGGUUGCCAAGUGAGGAUAGGAGCCACAAAUAUCAUCUUCAUGAGAAUGCAACAUACAGAUACAUAAGUGAGCAUAGUAGUUCCCAGCCAGAGAUGGUGACAGUGUCUGUAAACAGGGUCAAGUUCAAGGCUAUUCAACAUUGCUUCAGCAUCAUUGGGUUCAAAGAGGAGUCAAAGGGCCACACAGGGGAUGGUGUGGAAGUUGCCAACACUGAACUUACUGAUAUUGUUGCCAAAUUGUUGGGUUUAGAAUCUAAAGACUUGAUAGAGGUGUUGACAACAACAGGAAUGGUUGCCCGCGGUGAAGUGAUUAUACGUGAGAACACGAUGCACGAGGCACUUGACGUUAGGGAUGCCAUGUCUAAAUCUCUGUACGGAAGACUGUUCAGCUGGAUUGUAAAUAAAAUCAAUAUCCUUCUUCAACCUGACAAACAGACAUAUCAAGUGGAUAAAUUGAACAUUAUUGGCUUGUUGGACAUUUUUGGAUUUGAGAAUUUCCCGAGUAAUUCCUUCGAACAGUUGUGUAUUAAUAUAGCCAAUGAACAGAUACAGUACUACUUUAACCAGCAUAUAUUUGCCUGGGAAUUGCAAGAGUACCAGAAUGAAGGUAUAGAUGGUAGUGCUAUAACAUUUGUUGACAACAGACCACUACUUGACAUGUUUCUGAUGAAACCAAUGGGCCUGUUAGCAUUGUUAGAUGAGGAAAGUCAUUUUCCUAAAGCUACAGAUUGGACUUUAGUUGAGAAAUUUCACCAGAAUGUGAAGAGUGUUUACUACAGUCGACCAAAGGCCACUUCAAGUCUCCACUUUAGUAUUAACCAUUACGCAGGCAAAGUGAAGUACGACACAACCGGAUUUCUGGAGAAAAACCGAGACAGGCUUCCGGUUGAAGUUGUGAACCUGCUUAGGGCCUCAGACAACAAUGUUGUUAGAUCACUGUUUCAAACACCGCUUACAAAAACAGGGAAUCUUGCAAGUGGAUCAUUAAAGGCCAGUGCUCCAAACAGCAGUCUGAACUCUCCAUCGAGUACUUCCACUGGUUUUACGAUAGCCAGCGUACAGAGUUUACGUAGUCAGACUUCGGCUGGUAUGGGAGGAAGCAGGAUUUAUAGUGCAUUAGGAAGGCAUCUGAUGGGAUCUUCUGCUGCCUCCAUGACACGUAUACAGCAGACGGUCGCCACAUAUUUCAGAUUUUCUCUGAUGGACUUGCUGGCCAAAAUGGUUGCUGGAAAUCCACAUUUUGUGAGAUGUAUAAGGCCAAAUGAGGAAAAUGUUCCCGAUCAUUUUGAUGGAAAGAAGGUAACUACACAGCUAAAAUAUACAGGUGUUCUUGAGACAACCAGAAUAAGGAGAGAAGGCUACUCCCAUAGGAUUCCAUUUAGUGAUUUCACAAACAGGUACUCAUUGUUGGCCCUUGGUCAGAUGGGAGAUUUACAGCCGAACAAAACUGGAUGUGAGAUACUAUUAAAAAGAUUGAAAUUAAAGGACUGGGCUUUAGGUAAAACCAAGGUGUUUUUAAAGUUUUAUCAUGUAGAGUUAUUGGCAAGGAAGUAUUCUGAGGUACAGGGAAAAAUUGCACGUAUACAGGCUUUUGCAAGAAUGAAUGCUUCUCGGAACCAAUACUUUCAACUGAAGUGGAAACUUGAGAAAACCGCUCUAAUUGUACAGCGAUAUGCCCGUGGGUGGUUAGUGCGGAAAAGGUUUUCAAAGUUGUUCAAGAAUAGAAAAAUGGCAGCAGUUACUCUACAAAGAGUUGCAAGAGGUUUCUUGGUCAGGAGAAAGGUACAGCCAGAGCUGCAGCAGCGUAGAUCGGCGGUGGUGAAGAUACAGUCUGUGUAUAGAGGUCACCACGCCAGGAAACUGGUUCAACAACAAAGAGAUGAGGAGAAAGAAAGCGCUAUUAAGUUACAGAGAGCAUUCAGAAUGCGUCAAGCUAAAAUUCAUGCCAAGGCCGAGGAGAAGAAGAGUGUGGACUCCAAGAAUUCAGCAGCCAUUCUUAUACAGUCUACAUACAGGAUGUGGAAAUGUAAAUCUGUAUAUAAACAACUAGUUAAAUAUAAGGAGAAAAAAGAAUUACAGUUUAUCUACUUUAGCCAGCAGGUUGAAGAAUAUGGUAAUGACUUUGAAGCAAAGUUGAAGGCCACAAAUUUUAAAGCCAAGCCAGUACCCAUACCUGUUGAGGAUGCAGCCGUAGCAGGACCCAGCAAUGUGAAAGCCGGGAGCAAGAAAAGGAAGGCUCCUUCAAGGCCUGCUGAAGUUGCUAGGCAACCAUCAAUUCCAAAGAGAGUCCCUGAUGUCAGUGAAGAAAGAUUGGAUCACUUGGAGAAGAUGAAACAACUGAAGACAUUGAUGCCAGCAAAAGAGAAUACGUACUAUGAUAAACUGAAUGUUAAAAGGGAGGAUGUUGCAGUUGAGGAUCAAAGUGACAGUGGUUCCACACCAGUUUCUCAAAGGAGAUUAAAGACAGUAAUGGAUGAGGAUGUGGAGAAUUACUAUGCCACAAUAGCCAAACGAUCUUCACUGAAUGAUCCGAGGGACGAUGCAUUGGCACUUGGAGAGACUGCAGCUAGUAUACACAACAAACAUAUUUCUAACUGGGACGCACCUUUACAAGAAGCCAAGGAGAAAGCCCUGACACCAAGGACACGAGUGGAUAGUGGCUCCCUAGUUACCCCACCUUCCCCACCUAUGCAAAUGAGCCCAUUUGAUGCACUAUCAGAUUACAAUGAUUUCAGGAGUGGCAAUAGCUCACCUCAUUUGCAUAUUGAGGUGUCGGCCAUGUCUAGGAGUAGAAGCCCCUCCCCAUUAAGCACCUCCUUCAAUAUUAAAACAGAUGAGGUAGAUAAGGGUCGGUUUGAGAUGAAGUCGAAUGAUGCAUAUUUUCAAUCAUACUCUUCAUUGCUUGUAAAUCAUCAAGUGGGAAAUAAUUUGCAUAAAGACCACUCCCCUAAAUUUCAGGAACGCCUACCUAUUCCUUUGACUAGAGAAAGAGCAAUUGAUAAUUUAGAUUUAAGUUCAGAAACCGGUUCUAGCUCAUCUGCCCAGAAUUCUGUCACAAGUCAUGAUCUUGCCAUCAAUUUAUUGGACGCAGCCAUAGCAAAUUGCUCUUCCCCUGAUAAAAUUACCCCAAGGGUAACAAGCACUGUUACAACAGCUGACUCCACCUCCUCUGUAAAAAACACGCCCAUAAAAUCAGAAAGCAUUCCCUCAAGGAAGUCGUCAGGGUCUGACACAUCAACAAGAGAUCGUUUAGCACGUACUGUCGCGGAGGCAAUCAUAGCAAA